AUCCCAGGAUCUGUGGGCUGGGAACCUUGCCUGUGGGUGUCCCAACACAGCACAUUGGGCCAGAAUUUAGCUCCCUGGGUGGCACGGUCUCCAGGAUCAGUUUAACAGGGGGCCUGCUGAGACACCUGCCAUUGUCACUAGCCUCCAGGCUUCUUCUUCCUCAUCUGCAGAAUGCUGACAGUGAACCCCACUCCCCACCCCUGCCCCAGGCUGUGCUAGGUGUGGAAAGGCUCAGCCCAGGCAGGAUGAAAGCGCAAGAGUUCAUUUUGCUGGUCAUCGAUAUUAUGGGUUAUGGACCAAAUCCCCCACUGCUGAUUACUCUCCUAGCAGGGCCUGCCCCGGCUGCUGGUGAUUUUUCCACGGUGCUUUCCUAGACCCCACCCCCCAGGCCCCUGGGCUGCAUGCAUGGGGUUUUGAUGAGGGAGGGAAAGUGGAAGGCACCGACCCAGCAGAUGGACCGCAGCCAACAUCCUUCCAAUAAAAGCCCAGCCCCACCCCUGCACCAGACCUCCUGGCUGGAAUUUCUCUGGACCAAGUCAGCCACCAGCCAGCACUUGGAUCACAGAGCGGCCCUGAGUGCGAGCAGGUCUUUAGGAAAGUCAGGACUGGGAGGAGCUGGGAGAGGCGGCCUCACCACGCAGGCUGCGGGGCUGACGGUCGCCUUGCUCGGAUGUGUGCUCCAGAGGCGCGAUGAGCUCACCAGGAGACCCUGCCCAACCAGGUCCCCAGGGCGGCAGAAGCACCCUGUCUGCCCAGGAGGACACCAAGUGGCUGCGAUGGGUGACGCACCAGUUUGAGGCCAUUGCGGGAGAGGACCGGGAGAUCAGCUUGCAGGAAUUCAAGGCGGCUCUGAACGUGAAAGAGUCCUUCUUUGCGGAGCGAUUCUUUGCCCUGUUCGACUCGGACAAGAGCGGCACCAUCACCCUCCAGAAGCUGCAGGAGGCGCUGACCCUGCUCAUCCAUGGGAGCCCUAUGGACAAACUCAAGUUCCUUUUCCAGGUGUACGAUGUCGAUGGCAACGGCUCCAUCGACGUGGACGAGCUGCGCACCGUGCUGCAGUCGUGCCUGCGCGAGAGCGCCCUCUCGCUGCCCGCCGAGAAGCUGGACCAGCUCACGCUGGCGCUCUUCCAGUCGGCCGACCGGGACGGCAGCGGGGCCAUCACCUUCGACGAGCUCCGGGACGAGCUGCAGCGCUUCCCCGGGGUCCUGGAGAACCUCACCAUCAGCGCCGCUCACUGGCUGACUCCGCCUGCCGCCCAGCCUCGCCCGCGCCGGCCACGCCUGCUGACCCCCGCCUACUGGCACAACCACCGCAGCCAGCUGCUCUGCCUGGCCGCCUACGCGGGCCUCCACGUGUUGCUCUUCGCGCUGGCGGCCAGCGCGCACCGGACCCUGGGCGCCAGCGUCAUGGUGGCCAAGGGCUGCGGCCAGUGCCUCAACUUCGACUGCAGCUUCAUCGCGGUGCUCAUGUUCAGGCGCUGCCUUACCUGGCUGCGGGCCACGUGGCUGGCUCAGGUCCUGCCCCUGGACCGCAACAUCCAGUUUCACCAGCUCAUGGGCUACGUGGUGGUCGGGCUGUCCCUCGUGCACACGGUGGCCCACGUGGUGAACUUUGCGCUGCAAGUUCACUCUGGAGCCAGCCCUUUCCAGUUCUGGGAGCUGCUGCUCACCACCAGGCCCGGCAUCGGCUGGGUGCACGGCUUGGCCUCUCCGACAGGUGUCGCCCUGCUGCUGCUACUGCUGCUCAUGGUCGCCUGUGCCAGCACCUGCGUCCGCAGGAGCGGCCACUUUGAGGUGUUCUAUUGGACCCACCUGGCCUACCUCCCCAUAUGGCUUCUGCUCAUCCUGCAUGGACCCAAUUUCUGGAAGUGGCUGCUGGUCCCUGGCACCCUGUUCUUCCUGGAGAAGGCUGUCGGACUGGCAGCGUCCCGCAUGGAGGCCCUGUGCAUCGUGGAAGUCAACCUCCUCCCCUCCAAGGUCACUCACCUCCUCAUCCGGCGGCCGCCUCUCUUCCACUACCGGCCAGGCGACUACUUGUACCUGAACGUCCCCACCAUCGCGCGCUACGAGUGGCACCCUUUCACCAUCAGCAGUGCUCCCGAGCAGAAAGACACCAUCUGGCUGCACGUCCGGUCGGAAGGCCAGUGGACAAACAGGCUGCACGAGUUCUUCCAGGCAUCGGACCCUGUGGGCUUUGGUCCCAAGAGGCUAUCGAGGAGUCUGAGGCUGAGACAGAGCCAGAGGAGGCCCCAGGGUGUGCAGCCCCAGCCCGUCCAUUCUGGAGCCCCAGCCCAGGGAACAGUGGCCGCCUCCAAGGACGCCAUUGUGGACCUGGCGUCAUACAGCGAAGGACCUGCCCAGCAGGGUGGUGAAGACUGGGCAUGCACCAGGACUGAGAGAGAGGCUGCAGCACCAGGGACAGCCUCUUCCGCAGACCUGGCCCCCGAGAUGCCCUCCGAGAGCCACCAGUUCUGCAACAUUAAGUGCUACAUCGACGGCCCUUAUGGGAGCCCCACCCGCAGGAUCUUCGCCGCAGAGCACGCGGUGCUGAUUGGGGCGGGCAUUGGAAUCACGCCCUUCGCCUCCAUCCUGCAGAGCAUCCUGUACAGGCACCAGCAGAGGAAGCGAGUUUGUCCCAAAUGCCAUCAUUGCUGGUCUAGUGGCAUCCAGGACGAGGACAUGAAACUCCAAAAGGUGGACUUCAUCUGGAUCAACCGAGACCAGAGGGCUUUCGAGUGGUUUGUGAGCCUGCUGACCAGGCUGGAGAUGGAGCAGGCCAAGGAAGCUGAGCAAGCAAAUGAGAAGAAUGUGAAAUUCCACUGUUCUGCAAGUGAUCAGGUGGGCCAAGAAUGCUGUUCAUGUCUGACUUUUAUCUGUUCUGUCAGUUACCAGAACAGGAGUGUUUAAAUUUCCAGCUGUCAUUAUGGACUUACCUAUUUCCCCUUGGCUUUGUUUAUUCAAAGCUCUUUGGUAAGCUUUUUCUGACACCAACUGGUAUUUGCAAUGUCAUUCUACCCGUAACUGGCCCGAGUUAGCACAGAUACCACACAAGGCGAGGACUCAGUCCUUCACGACGGCUGUUAGGUCACUCACACUCCUCACCAGUGGGCUGCGAUGCGUGGGUUCUCACACCCACCACAGGCUAAAUGAUUCACUGCAAUGACUCAAGGGACUCAGGAAAGUGCUAUACUUGGGCUUACAGUUUUACAGAAAGGACACAACGCAGGACCCGUAGGGAGAGUGCUGUACACAGAGCCUCUGUGCCUUCUCCCUGUGAAACCAAGAUGCAUCCGUCAGCCUCCAGCUCAGCAACCAGGAGCAAGUGACUGAAUCACUGACCGAAUGACUGACCUCAAGCCUCAGCUGCCCUACACUCACCAGUGCUUGGACUGACUCAAACCCCGAUCUUCUAUUCACUGUGACUAGUCCCGAUAAGUCAUCCUAUCUGUUAGCACAAACCCAGGAGCGAUCCAAGGGCUCCUGAGUAACAGAGAUACCCAUAUUGGGAAAUUCCAAGGGUUUAAGUUUCUUUCCCAAGAUCCAGAGACAGAGGCCAGUCAGAGCCUUCAUUCCGCAGCAAGCAUGGACACACACUGAGGGUUUGUCUUCUUGGUGAAUGAACCGCCAUCUCAGCAUAUGAUGUCCUGAGGAGAGCCCUCCUCUGGAGUCUCCUCUUCCUGACAUCGGUAGAGAAAUUCCAGUGUUUUCCAUCCAUUAAGUAGUCUGUAUCUUUAUAUUUAAAGAGUUUCUUACAGACAGGCUGUAGCUGGAUCUUUCUUUUUAUAAGUCCAAUCUUAUAAUCUUUGCCUUUUAACUGGAGUUUUUAGUCCAUUUCUAUGUAACACAAUUACUGAAUUACUGAUAUAAUUGGGUUCAAAUCCACCAUCGUUUGUUUUCUGUUUGUCCUUUUUCCCCUCCUUCCCUCUACACUUUCAUAUUAAUUAUAUAUUUGUAUAAUCAUUUUCUCCAUUAUUUGAUUAUUAAGUGUACGUUAUUGUUUUAUUUUAUUGCUCUAGUGGUUGCUGUAGGGUUUAUUACAUCUUUAACUUCUUACAGCUGUUUAGUAUAACAUCUUUACCAUAGUAAACACUCAAGUGCCACAUGACAUUUUGUGGCCAAUGGUGAACCACAUAAUUACAAUGGUGCUGAAAAAUCCCUACUCUCUCCUGACAUAGUAGCCACUGUAACAUUGUAGCAAAAUUCAUCACUCCCUUGUCUGGGGUGAUGCUGGGACAAGCAAACCUGGGCUGCCAGUAACACAGUAGUACAGCAAUUCAAUUACAUGCAACACAUAAUGCUUGAUAACAAUGACUAUGCUACUGUUUAUCUGUGUAGUAUAAUAUACAUUUAGAUUAUUUUAGAGUGUGUCCUUUCCACUUCUAAAAACCAAUGUUACCUGUAAGACAGGAUGCGGGGUUAUGCCAGCAGCAACCUCGUAGGUCUGGAGUUCACCGUAGUGUUCACCAUGUCUCUCAAAUGUAAAAGGCCACAUGGACUGCUUGGCCUGUGCCAGCAAGCUCUGUGUGACUACACCGUGGAACAGUCACUUCAAAGGUUUUAUCUUUAUCACUGGUCUUCAGUGUUUCUUAUGAUGUGUCUCACUUUGACUUGCUUCAUUUCCUUAUACUUGGAGUUCACUGAACUUUUUGUAUAUAUGGGCUUAUAAUUUUCACCAAGCUGGAAAAGUUUCAGCUACUUUCUCUUUACAUAUGUAUUUUUUCUUUUUCUUUUUAAUAAGAUUUUAUUAUUUUAAUAUUUAUUUGAGAGGUAGAGUUACAGUGAGAGGGAGAGGCAGAGAGAAAGAUCUUCUGUCCAUUGGUUCACUCCUCAAAUGGCUGGAAUGGCCAGAGCUGCGCUGAUCUGAAGCCAGGAGCCAGGAGCUUCUUCCGGGUCUCCCACGUGGGUGAAGGAGCCCAAGGACUUGGGCCAUCUUCUACUGCUUUCCCAGGCCACAGCAGAGAGCUGGAUAAGAAGAGGAGCAGCCAGGACUAGAAUCAGUGUCCAUAGGUGCCACAGGUGGAGGCUUAGCCCACUAUGCUACAGCGCCAACCCACAUACAUAUUUUUUUUCUGUGUCUUUUCCCCCUUCCUAUCACUCCAUUUACUGGUAUGUUAAACAGCUUGAUAGCAUCCCACAGGUGACAGGAGUGUUCUCCCUCUCACUGCUUCAUUUUGAAUGCUUUCUUUUGCGCAUCUUCAAGUUCACGGCUCCUCUCUUCUGCAGCACCUCAUCCUCAUCAAAAUCCCAACAGGUAGUUACAAUAGCUGUUGACAAGCGGAUUCUAGCAUUUACAUGGAAAUCCAACAGAUUUAGAGCCACUGUUGAGUCUGUCCAUUGUGUUUUUCAGUUCUGUUAUUGUAUUUUCCUUCCCCAGCAGUGUCUCCCAUUUCUUUCCUCAUUACGUUUGUUUUGUUCGUUUCGCUCUACUGUCCUUGAGCACAGUUGUAAGGAUCACUUCAGCGUCUUUGUCUGCUGAGUCGUCAUCUCUGCCACUCCCAGGUCUGUUUCCAAGGACUCCUUUUCUCCCAACUAAAUCAUGUUCUCUGGCGUCUUUGCAUGCCUGGCUCUCAGACUUUGUGGCUCUUCCGUUUUGUACUGCAGAUUUUGUGAUAUGUCUUCAAACCAUCCUGCACUCCUUCCUGGUGCAUAGUUCUUUAGGAUUCUGUGGGUUUUUUCAAGACAUGCUUGCAGUUUUUGCCAGCAUCCAGAGCAGCUCCUAGUGUAGGGUUGUUAGCUCCAGCACUAAUGGGUACACUUCUGAUAUCACACGACCUGGCGCCCUGUGUAGUGCAAGCUCUCUCCACUCCUUUUCACCCUUGUGUUUUCGGGUCAUUUUCUUCCUCACAGCUGCAGCCAAGGACUCAGGGGGAACUUGAUGCAGCUUCCGAGUCACUGAGUCCACAGCUUCCCUCUGCCUGCCCUUCCCUUCCUUCGCUCCCUCCCUCCCUGCCUCUCUUCUUCCUUCCUUCCCCCUUUUUCUGUCUGCAAUUCCCCUUUCCCACACUGUGCCCAGCAGAGUGGAGCUCCCUUGGCCUCCCUGCACUCUAGUUUCUGACCCUCAUCGUCAUGACGCUGGCACCAGGCAGAAAGCUGGCCCUUGUGCACUGACCUCAUUGGUCUCCCUUCUCGCAGCAAUUCCAGUCCUUCUGCACCUGCUGGAAACUGCUGGUUAAGGUGGUUCCUUUUGCUCAACACAAAUUCCUUAUAAAUAUAAUAAGGUUUUUUAAAAAAAGAUUUAUUUAUUUAUUUGAAAGUCAAAGUUAUAUAUAGAAAGAGGGAGAGAUGGUGGGGGGUGGGGGAGAGAGAAAGAAACAGAGAGAGAGAAUGAGAAUGAACUGAGAUCCUCAGAGAUCUUCCAUCUGCUAGUUCACUUCCCAGAUAGGUUGAAGCCAGGGGCUAGGAGCUUCUUACGGGUCUCCCAGCUUCUUCUGGGUCUCUGUUUUGUUUCAGGGGCACAAGGAGAAAUCUCUUUAGAUACAUUUUUAACUUUAAGAGAAUUGAGGUAGUUUUUUUCCACUGGCUGAGUUCCCUGGAAAUAGAUCUUAUUGGGCUGCUUAAUUAUCACAAGGUUUUCAUGAAUAACUUCAAAUCGCUACGAUAAACACAAGUUCAAAUAAUGAAACCCAUGGUUUUCUGUAGGAAACAUUCAGACAGUUUACCGUAACAAACAUUCAAAGCCCGAAGUUCAAGGGGACCCUCUGGGGAGGUGGCUCAUAAAGCUUAGACCAUCACAGCGAGGCUCCCGCCCCGCCUGGCCCGGAACAAUUACAGCAAAUAUUUAGAUAGCGUUGACUUCAUCCUCAAUGCUCUUACGUAUAUGAAUUCAUUAGGAACUUAAUUUUAUGAUGACAAGCUAGAGGAGAAGUUCCAAUUAAAUUUAAAAUGUCUAGUUGCUGGUAUAUAAAUAUUUGCUGUUUGCUUCUUCCUCAUGUGUGUAAACAAAAGGGGUGGGGCUAACCCAGGGCUUUGCAUUCGCAGAGCACCUUGAGCCAACAGUUUCUUACAUCAGAUUUCUUUCAGGGUUUCUCAUUAACUGCCUCUGGAACUUGUAGGUCCUGGCUUCAACUUUAUACAGCAAGGUUUUAAUGCAAGAAUUUGUGGCUUAUGAUUUAAAAAAAAAGAUUUGUUUAUUGGAAAGAGUGACAGAAAGCGAGAAGGAGCCUCCAUCUGCUGGUUUACUCCCCGCAACGGCCCCAACAGCCAGGAGCUCCAUCCGGGUCUCCCACAUGGGUGGCAGGGGCUCAAGCACUUGGGCCAUCUUCUGCUGCCUUCCUAGGUGCAUUAGUGGGGAGCUGGACCCAUAACAGAGCAGCCGGGACUCCAACCAGUGCUCCGAGAUGGGAUGCAUCCAGCACCAUAAGCCGUGGCUUAACCUGCUGCGCCAUGAGGCUGGUCCACC